UUUCAAUCUCUUAGAGUAACCGGAACACGACGUGGCAAACAAACGGUUCACUUCCUGUGAGUAGAUCCGUGUUGACAUCCUCCUCGCUGACAUCUGUCAAACAGUACUCUAUUUAGUUUUUUCGUAUGUUUUAGUUCCUCUCUCCUGUAGCCAUCAGUGGGAGUUUUUAUUUUUGCAACCGACGGGCUCUGGGAGCUCAGCAGCCAGACAGGAGAGAGGAUGGCCGGUCUGUGGUUGCUCGGGGGUCUGCUACUGUUCUGGGGCAGAGCUUCCUCCAAUAGAGGGGGAUAUCCUUCCUUCACAGACGAAAUACCUUUUAAAAUCACUUGGCCGGGCGCUGAAGUCUCACUGGUGCCGACUUCAGGCGCGCUAUACAGCGAGGAUGACUUUGUCAUUAUGACAACAGCAGAGAAAGAGAAGUAUAAAUGCCUUCUACCAUCUCUGGCCUUUGGGGAGGAGGAUGAAGGAAAAAGCUACUCUGGACCCAGUCCAUAUGAACUGCUGGAGCCGUUGUUUAAAAGAAGCAGCUGCUCUUACAGGAUUGAGUCCUACUGGACCUAUGAAGUGUGCCAUGGGAAGCAUGUAAGGCAGUACCAUGAGGAGAAGGAGACGGGCCAGAAAAUGAGUGUUCAGGAGUACUACUUGGGCAAAAUGAUUCAGAAGAGCAAUUCAGCAGAAACAGGUGAAGAGAUGGAAGAUGACAAAACAGCUACAAAAACGGAAGUCUCCACAAAAAAUAUAGAAGGUCAACUGACCCCUUACUAUUCAAUGGAAAUGGGAAACGGGACUCCAUGUUCGCUGAAACAGAACCAGCCGCGCUCCACGUCCGUUCUAUACGUGUGUCAUCCAGAGGCCAAGCAUGAGAUCUUGUCUGUGGCUGAAGUCACCACCUGUGAAUAUGAAGUUGUGGUGUUGACACCUCUGCUUUGUGCACACCCAAAAUACAGGUUCAAGUCCUCCCCAGUGAACGCCAUCUUCUGCCAGGCUCUUGCCGGCUCCCCUCUACGGCCCCAACGGCUCGUUCAAUUGGACAAAGAGCAGGAGGAGCAGCUCAAACCCCCUUUUGGCACCGCCUCCCGAGAGGUGAGACAUCCACAGAGUGAGAAUCAUUGUUCUGCAUCCAAACUUGACAACCCCGACUCUUCUCAGGAGGAGGCAGCACCUGUUGGAGAAGAAGCCUUCACCUCCACUCACAAACCCAUCAUGGUUGGGGGGCAGUCUCAGGUCGCCGUCGGCACCACCCACAUCUCUCGCCUGACAGACGACCAGCUGAUCAAAGACUUCCUCAGCGGCUCGUACUGUCUGCAGGGGGGGGUGGGUUGGUGGAAAUACGAGUUCUGUUAUGGAAAGCAUGUCCAUCAGUACCAUGAGGACAAAGAACAGGGCAAGAACAUUGUGGUGGUGGGGAACUGGAAUGCCGAGGAGCACGUUGACUGGGCCAAGAAGAACGUUGCCCGCUCCUUCCAGCUCAGGGAUGAUGGCGUGCAAAAAGUCAAAUCAGUUUCCCAUUUCUAUGGUCAUGGCGACGAAUGCGAUCUAACAGGAAAGCCCAGACAAGUCAUCGUCAAACUGAAAUGUAAGGAGUCUGAGUCGCCACACGCCGUCACAGUCUAUAUGAUGGAGCCUCAGACCUGUCAAUACAUUCUCGGGGUGGAGUCUCCGGUUAUAUGCAGAAUUCUGGACACAGCUGACGAGCAUGGACUUCUGUCAGUCUCCAGUUAGGACGCCGUCAUGUCAGCAGAGAGACAAGGACACUUGAUAAACUGAGGCUUGUUUGCUGGAAGAACAGACCCUCGUGACACUGUGUUGAAAACCAAAACUGAGGUUUGACCUGAUCCCCGAGGUUGGACUUCAUAUACAGGACGGCCGGCUUUCAUUUGUGACAUGGCUACAAACCUGCUCCUGCAAGCCAGCCAGAACUCAGAGUGAAAGAGGCUCAACACCUCCCCCUACAGGAUGGUGGUUUUAUUUUUUAAAUUUUAGAUAUGACAUCUUUCAAAUCAAAGAAGUGAUAAAUUUCUAACGAGGGGUAGCGACUCAGUUCAUAGUGAUUAUACUGUCUUUACAUAUGAGCGACAAACUGCUGGACUGGACCACUUUUCAUGUCUUUGAAAAAAAUCAUUUUGCAGGUGGGAGAAUGCAUGCUGUGUCAGCCUACAUAACGAGUGAGUGUAACUUAUACGUUAGGGGGUGCCUGUGGACAAACAUAAAAAAAAUAUGAUUAAAAUUUAAUGCAAGUGUGUUGAAUCUGCAGAAUGUGUUUACUUGAGAGGUAAUUGUGUUUUUUUUAAGAAUGCACACUGGACUAUAUUGCUGUAUCAAAAGAAUGCAAACCUGUUUUUAUAGCAAAUCCACUUGAAUCUUGCCACUCAUGAGAAGAAAAAAUGCCUUAACAGAGAUAUAAAACAUGUUUCACCAAAGGAAAUAAACACAUCUAUUUACAUGCC